UCAUUGGGUAAAGUGAUAGUUAGAGGAUGUGGGAUAUACGCACACAAUUGCGCAUGCUUCAUCAAAUAUCCCUCAAUCCUCAAUCUGCGAAUAAUGGCUUGAAAUCUCAUUACUUGCUGUGCGGAACACACCGGAUAUCAUCGGGUCUCUAGUAAUCUUCACUCGAAACUUAUGUACAAGUGUGAAAGAAAAUAAUAAAGUACGAUAUAACAAAGAUAUUUCGAUUUUACUUCAAUAAACGAAGAGUACAUUGAAGUACAUUACAAUUGUGUUGUGAACAAUAUAAGAUACACUCCGUGAAAAUUCGUCAAAUUAACAUUUACACGAAUUACGGGAUGGCUAAUACUAAAUCACCAAUUAACUUGCUGCAAGAGCUGUUAAUUAAAGAAGGAUGUACUCCUAUUUACAAUUUUAUGGAAACAAGGAUGGACAUGGUCAACAGGCAAUUUAUAUGUAUUGUAUCUUGUAAAGGAUUGAAUGAGUCUGGUACAGGGAUUUCGAAAAAAGAAGCCAAACAAAAUGCAGCAAAGAAUAUGCUAUUAUUAUUGGCUAAGAAUAAUAAAAUUUCAUUAUCAGGAGAUACUUUACCAUUGCCUUCUGCUGCAAACAUUGAGCAAAGUUCUGCAAAAGAUAAUACACUUCCAUUGUGUAAACAAUCAACUACUGCUUGUAAUUACGUUGGAAUGUUACAAGAAUUCUGCCAACAACAUAAAAUUGACCCAAAAGACAUUCUGUACGAAGUGAUCUCUGAAGAAGGACCUACUCACUUGAGAACAUAUACGAUAAGUGUCAGCGUGGGAUCGCUACGGGAAAGUGGAACAGCACAGGGCAAGAAAUCUGCUAAGCAAGAAGCUGCAAGAAGGCUGUUGGUUUGUCUAAAGACAAAUGCAGCUAAUCUAAAUACAGUUGAUUCAAAUACUAAUUUAAAUAAUUCAAAUAUAGCUAAUUUAAAUGCAGUUGAUUUAAAUAGCGUUAAAUCAAACGUAGCCAAUACAAAUAUAGACACAGAUAACACCGAUAACAAGCAAAUACUUGAGAAUGAUACACAAGAUUCAAAUACAGGAAUAUUGAAGGAUGUGAAGAAUUCAGAGAAAUCUUUAAUAAUGACAGAAAAGGAAUCGUUCAGCAAAAAAAUUAGCACGGAAAUGGCACAAGCAUCGAGUAUGGAGGUCAUCGAAUUAAUGUCGGAUGAAGAUGAGAAAAGUUCUAGAAAAGCUAAAUCUAAAGUAUACAAUAGUAAUUGCGUGAAUUUUAAAUGUACUUCUGGAAUAAAUAUGAAGGUGGCACCUUCCUUUGCGUGCGCAUUUUAUGGAGUUUCAUUGGAGAAGAAAAAGAAGCGUAUAAUAUGUCAAGAGUGUUUUGACGCUGCUCUGGAACAUCAGAAGGAAUUAGUAAAAGCUUUUGUUGAAAAUAAAUCAAUAAUAGAUUGUAAUUUUCCGGAUCACACAAUGGAAGUAGAAAUUUCUGAUAGUGAUGAUUCUGAUGAAGAGAAGAAAAAGGAACCAGAUAAUAAUGAAUAUAUACCAGAAGAUGUACUUUUGGACAUCAAGGAUAAAUUAGAUGGUACAAUGUCGUAUAUCUACAAAAAGUACAAUGUGGAGCAGCAUGCUAAAGUUGCAUGUGAAAACUUAAAGAAGAGAUGGCGAAACAUAUGUGCGGCGAAUGAUUCUCUUAAUACUGAAAUACGGGAGAUAAUGCGUACUAUGGAUAAGAUGCGUAACGACUUAUAUGAGGAUUUUAGACCGCAAAUUAAAAUGCUCGAGGAAUUACAAAUAAACGAUACGAUUACGGAGAAUGUCCAUUCGCUUGUAGCAACGAAAAAAGUAACUCAAGUACGUGUUCCACCUUCCUCGUUGUUGCAAGAUAAUCAGUUGGAGGUUUUAGCGAUUGAACCAUCGAACAGUAAGGAGACAAUAGUUCAUAAUGUACCACCGACUGGUCCACUUAUUAAACGAUCUCCAGAGGUAGACGAUAUUGUUUAUGUUAUGAAGAAUCCUGUUGUGCCAUGGAUUAAAGCAAAAAUUCAAAAUAUAAUUUCAUCAAAUCCAUGGUCCGUUCGUGUGAAACUUCUACAGAAGAGAUACAAUUCAGCAACCAAGAAUGUUUCUGGCAAACAGCUAGCGAUAACUAACCUAAGUAAAGUUAUGAUCCCAGUUGGAACACGAGUUAUAGCGAUAUUUCACGAUGUUGUAUCUAAUAAUUACUAUAGUGGAAUAAUUGCUGAGACACCAAAAUCCAUAAAUAAGUACAGAUAUCUCGUAUUUUUCGAUGAUGGUUACGCUCAGUAUGUUAUCCAUAAUGAUAUCUUUUUGGUUUGGGAGACCUCGCCGCGCAUUUGGGAAGAUAUUCCCAGCGAAUCGCGAGAAUUUGUCAAGAAAUACCUGGAAUCGUAUCCGGAGAGGCCAAUGGUGAAGUUACAGCCUGGUCAAAUGGUUAAGACCGAAUGGAAUGGUAAAUGGUGGCUCGCGAGAGUCGUGCAAGUCGACGCGAGUUUAGUACAAAUGCAUUUCGAUGCCGAUAGAAGAACCGAAUGGAUUUAUCGUGGCUCGACUAGAUUAGGUCCUUUGUAUAUUGAGGUUUUAAAAGCUAAUACAAGGCAACUUCAACAGUCUGGCAGUGCACAUACUCGACAUCGUAUUCCUGCUACGUUUAAUAAAAAUAAUUUACCUUAUGUUGAAUAUACGUCUAACGUGGAAGAAGACGUGCAGGCACAAAAUGUGCAAACUGAGAAAACAUCAGUUGCCACGAGUGUGACAUCCAGUACACCGUCUACUGCCCCGCAACAAUCGCGUGCAGUAGCUAAGAAAAGUACUGCUAAAAGGCACAAUAAUGUAGAUAUUUCUUCAACGUACAAUUCCACCGUGGAAACAAAACCGUCACAUAGUAUUGUUUUUUACCAUACACAGAGGAAAUAUGAGCCAAAGAAAUACGUUCUUCACAAGUGUGGGCCAAAAUGUAUCAAAAGUAUCAAGGUUUCACCCGACGAUUUAAAAGGACUUUCUCCACUCUCUAUUCCACUGUUAUGUGGCUGGCAUCGACAACUUUGCAAAUUUUCCAAGGGCAAGAAAGUUAUAUUAUAUCAGACACCAUGUGGCAUUAGAUUGCGAAACAUGGAAGAGUUACAUCGUUAUCUCCGUAUUACCAAUAGCACAUUGUCCGUUGAUCUGUUCGAUUUUGAUUAUUGGGUGCGCGCCUUCGCCGAUUUCGUCGUGGAAAAGUGCUUUAUUAACAUCAAGGAUCUCAGUUAUGGUGUAGAAAACAUACCGAUACCAUGUGUGAAUGACUUGGAUCACACCCAACCAGAUACCAUAAGGUACACCACUCGUCGGGAGCCAACGGAAGGUGUUAAUCUAAAUCUAGAUCCUGCAUUUCUGUGCAGCUGCGAUUGCGAGGACGAUUGUCAGGAUAAAACAAAAUGUCAGUGCUGGCAAUUAACGAUACAAGGGGCAACUCUAGGAGGUAAAGUGCCGAACACUGCUGUUGGCUAUAUUUAUAAACGCUUGCCUGAACCAGUGACUACAGGAAUCUAUGAAUGUAAUUCGGGAUGCAAGUGUUCCGUGAAAACGUGUCUUAAUAGAGUGGUACAGCAUCCUCUCGGAUUAAGAUUGCAAGUGUUUAAAACAGGACCACGAGGUUGGGGUAUAAGGUGCCUCAAUGAUAUUCCCCAUGGCGCUUUUAUCUGCAUUUAUGCAGGCAGAUUACUUACCGAACAAGGUGCAAACGAAGGAGGUAAAAAUUACGGUGACGAGUAUCUGGCAGAAUUAGAUUAUGUGGAAGUGGUAGAAGGUUUCAAGGAAGGUUAUGAAAGCGACGUUCUCGAAUCAGAAAUGCCAGUCUCACCAGCAGAAGAUAAUAAGAAGAAAGAAAUUACUGGCGUAAGUGACGAAGAAGAGGAUAAUACUAAGGAAAGCACUAAUGACUCAGAUGAAGAUUUUAAUAUUGAUAAAUAUGUGGCUUUAAAUAAAGAUUUGGAGUUGGAAACAACUGCGGAAUCUUCGUCCAUUCGGAAACGUUUGAGAAAACGGAAAAGAAACGAAAUAGACAACCAACCAGAUAUGUCUGAAGAAAACAGUGAGGAUGGAAGUACGAGAGGUUUGGAAAACACGUCGAAAUCGAAUGAAAUUCUGGACACGAUUAAUAUCAGUGACGACGAUGAUAGUAGAAAUGACAUGAGAAGAGAACCAAGUAGAUUCGAACCUAGUGUAGAACCAAAACAAAUAGAGAGAUCGAAAUUCAAGUCUGCGAGAGAUUAUUUUGGUGAAGACGAAGCCGUUUACGUUAUGGAUGCUAAAACAACUGGAAAUAUUGGCCGUUAUCUGAAUCAUUCUUGCGAUCCAAACGUGUUUGUGCAAAAUGUGUUUGUCGAUACACACGACGUGCGUUUUCCGUGGGUGGCUUUCUUCGCGUUACAAUAUAUAAAAGCUGGACAAGAACUUACAUGGAAUUAUAGUUAUGACGUAGGAAGUAUACCGGGUAAAGUGAUUAUUUGCAAAUGUGGUGCGGCUAAUUGUAGAGGCCGUCUUCUGUGAACUGUGCUUUUUGUGAUAAUAAAUUCAUUCUUUGUAUAAAUGGAACUUUUUCUCUAGUAAAAUCGGCAGUAGAUAAUAGAGACAUCAUAUUAUAAUUAUCACUUAUCUUUAUCGAAGAAAAAUUUACGUCAGAAAUAAAGAAAUUCAUAAAGA